UAAGUCAAGAGCCCUAAUAACGUGUUUAGUAAGGAGUUUGCCUAUGGCAAAGACCUUAGGAAGUAACGACGAGACUGACCCCUUCUCACUCAGCAGGUCGAGAAAGGGUUAGUAGAGGCGGACUUCGAGAAGAGGCAAGGUGAGGCGAGUAGCUGCACCAGCAUUGAUGAAAAGUCAAGGAACUCGUGAAGAGUCAGAGCUAUAAUAGUUUAAUUUCUUUGUUACAUGGUUAGGACUGUAAACUAGAGAUUCUGAGUUCAUACAUUUUAAGUAUUGGGAUUGUCAUUUGCCCAAGUGUUUAGGCUUUUUGUUUGAAAUUCUUACACAUUUAUUUAUUCUAAAAUGUUGGUUGGGUUGCUCCGGAGUAACUAGUUUUUGGUUUGAGUUAUGGUUUGGUUUUUCUAAAAAGAGCGGUUUGUUACAUGCCCUCACUCCCCAGCAGAAUGGGGUAGCUGAGAGGAAGAACAUAUCAAUAAUGAACAUGGUAAGAUGUUCGUUGAAGGACACCAAGGUGCCUGUUUCUUUCUGGCCUGAGGUAGUGGCUUGGGCUGCUCAUGUUCUCAAUAGAAGUCCAACCACAGCCAAUGAUGGAAAAACACCACAUGAGAUCUGGACAAGUUCACCUUCAUCAGUAGGUCACUUUAAAGUGUUUGGUUUCACAGGGUAUGUUCAUGAUCAUCUGAGAAAGAAGCUUGAUGCAAAAAGCAUCAAAUGCCAUUUUCUGGGAAUUUCCACAGAGUCGAAGGCAUACAAAUUCUAUAACCCUAUUACAAAAAAAGGUAGUGGUUAGUAGAGAUGUUAUCUUUGAUGAAACUAAAGGCUGUCAAUGGGAAUCAAGUGCUUCACCUGAGCUGACCAAACUCACAUGGGAAGGAGUGAAGAUCCAUGGGAUGAUUCAGAUACUGAGGAGGAACCAGAAGUUGCAGCAAAUAAUCAGAAUGAAGGGGAUGCUCCUCCAGGUCCUACUACUCCUGUAAAUACUGCUUCCCCUCAAGGUACAGGAAGUCAACAUCAUCAAGAUGAGGAUUCUACAACUGGUCCAGAUGGUUUAAGUCUUCCCAGUAGAGAUUUGGGUCCUAGAGUUAGGCAUCCACCUUCUAAUCUGUCAAUAUAUGACUGUAGCUUUAGUGAUAUUGACUGGUGGGCAAUGGUAGCCAAGAAAGAGGAUCCUCAAACGUAUGAGGAAGCUGCUACAGAUGAAAAAUGGAGAGAGGCCAUGAAGCAAGAGAUAGCAGCAAUCAUAAAAAACAACACUUGGAUACUGACUAGUCUGCCUGCUGGUGUUAUUCCAAUUGGAGUAAAAUGGGUCUUCAGAACCAAAUUGAAAGAAGAGGGCUCAGUGGAUAAAUUCAAGGCAAGAUUAGUUGCCAAGGGGUAUUCUCAGCAGCAUGGGAUUGAUUAUACUGAAGUAUUUGCACCUGUGGCAAGGUGGGACACCAUAAGAACAUUUCUGGCUCUUGCUGCACACCAUGGCUUGACUGUGUUUCAACUCGAUGUUAAAAGUGCUUUUUCUAUAUGAAGAGCUUUCUGAAGAUGUGUAUAUUGAGCAACCACUGGAUUUGUGGUUGCUGAGGAGGAAGGGAAGGUAUACAAACUUCAGAAAGCAUUGUAUGUCCUUAAGCAGGCUCCUAGAGCCUGGUACAGCAAGAUAAAAAACUAUUUUCUAC